AGCCGCCUCGGAGUGGAGCCAGCGGCCCUCACCCGGCUCCUUUGUCCGCCUGCCGGGCACCGCGCAGCGGGAGACCCCUUCCGGCUCCCUCCAGCCGGCAGGACAGAAAGCGCCUCCCGGGGGGAAGGGACUAGGGAAAUUGAAUGGCGAGCUGGCACCCAGUCCCAUGCUCUGAGCCUCACCUCCAUCGCCUUCCUGGGGGUGAGGGGCUCUAGCCAUUUGUGGGAGAUUCUCCCGUUGCGACCGGAAGAAGCAGCCUCGUCCUCGUGAUCUGUCUAUGGACUCUCCGGCUUUCUCCCCAGCCUGCCUUGGGCCUUAGUUUUCCUAGGGGCUGUGAGGCCUGACUUAGCCCCGGAGGCCCGGCUGGGACUGCGGGUUUCUAUGGUAACAUCAUGGUGCAGGGGGCGGACCCUGGCAGCUGUCUCGGAAGGAGAGAUGGGAACCUAACCGCAAAGAGAGAACAGAAAGAGCCGGGGUUUAGAGGCCCCCUUGGCCAGCACUCUCCCAGGCAGAGCCCCUCUCAGUCAGUGACUGUCCGCCCCCCAACCCCAGGCCCCACGCACAGUGUUGGGGCACAGGACGAGAAUGUCUUCUCUGGCCUUGGGACUCCAGGCCCGCCCUGCCCUUCCAGGCACGGUGCUCUUCCAGGCCCACGGUGCUCUUCCAGGCCCACGGUGCUCUUCCAGGCCCACGGUGCUCUUCCAGGCCCACGGUGCUCUUCCAGGCACACACUGCUCUUCCAGGCACACGGUGCUCUUCCAGGUGUAUGGUGCUCUUCCAGGCCCACAGCUCCCCUCCCCACUCUAGGUGUUUUGUCUGAUGCCUGGGACCCCCGUCAUCCAGGUGUCCUCUCUAACCCCAGAAGAAUGUGGGAUCACCAGGGAGAAACGUGGGUGCUCAGGAAGGCAGGAGUCUCUCAGUCUGGGAGGGCAGGGUAGACCUCAGGGAGGGGCCGGGGAGGAUGUAGGCCCUGCCCUGUGGGCUCCACUCCAGGGAGACCUGGCUGUGUCUGACGUGGGAGGAUCAGUUUGGAGUUCAGAGGUCAGGUCUCUCUGCUGGCAGGGCAGGUAGAGGCAUGUCCCGAACUGGUUCCCCUGGGUGUGUGAGGCCACAGCAGCCCAAAGGGCAGAAGGCUCUAUUAGUGCCCUGUGCCUGUCCCCUUGGACCGCCAGAUGACCAGGGCCUGUGAGCACUGGCCAGUGGCCUGAGACCUGCAACCCCUUUUGAUCCCACACAUAUGUCCCCAUGGGGUGGGUGGGGCCUGGGGCUGGAGCCCCAGAGAGGAGGAGUUUUUCCUGAAAUGCACCCCCCCCUCACUCAUAGGUCCCACAAACACAGGGUAUCUGACAUGGAGUGCCUCAUUAUUGGGGUCCCAGGGGCCUGGACAGACCCAGAUGAGGAAGGGGCUUCAGGGCUGAGGACAGGACCCACGGCGUGGCUGGGGCAUGGGGUCCCUGGCCUGGGGCCCCUGUGGGCUAUGGACUGGCAGGCUGGGUCAGCCUGAGUCAGACCCCAUGGCCCGAGGCCACCCCCCCAAAGCAGUACCCUGUCCAAAGAUGCUGUUACUCCCUCUCAGAGCCCUGGUGCCCAAAGAGAAAGAGAAAGUCACCCCCCCAGCCCCGCCUCACCCUGCCCACGGCCAAUCACAGUGUCUCUGCACCUCCCUCCUUUAUCUCCUGCUCAGAGCCAGCGGGCACCCAGAGCUGCAGAGGAGCGGAGCUGGAGCUGGAGCAGGACUGAGGUGUGGCUGACGCCCUGAAAUCCCCCAGACCAGGCGGGCAGCCCCUCCCCGCGUCCAGCUGCCGCCCCGCUGCCUCCGCCUCCCCUUCACCUCCACCUCUGCCCCGCCGCCUCCUCUGCUGCCCUUCUCCUCUGUAUCUCCACCUCUUAUCUGGACACACGGGCCACUUAAAUGGCUGAUAAGCAGAUCAGUCUCCCAGCCAAGCUCAUCAAUGGUGGCAUUGCUGGGCUGAUCGGGGUCACCUGCGUGUUUCCCAUCGACCUGGCCAAGACAAGGUUGCAGAAUCAGCAAAAUGGCCAGCGAAUGUACACAAGCAUGUCCGACUGCCUCAUCAAAACCAUCCGCUCGGAGGGCUAUUUCGGCAUGUACCGCGGAGCUGCAGUGAACCUGACACUCGUCACCCCAGAGAAGGCCAUCAAGUUGGCAGCCAACGAUUUCUUCCGUUAUCAGCUUUCCAAGGAUGGGCAGAAGCUAACACUGUUGAAGGAGAUGCUGGCUGGCUGUGGGGCAGGCACCUGCCAGGUGAUCGUGACAACCCCCAUGGAGAUGCUAAAGAUACAGCUACAGGAUGCUGGCCGCAUAGCUGCCCAGAAGAAGAUCCUGGCCACUCAGGCCCAGCUUCCAGCCCAGGGUGGGACGCAGCCUGUGGCAGAGGCUCCAGCCAUCCCCCGGCCCACGGCCACCCAGCUGACCCGGGACCUGCUGCGAAGUCGAGGCAUCGCUGGUCUCUAUAAGGGACUGGGGGCCACACUGCUGAGGGACGUCCCUUUCUCCAUCGUCUACUUCCCGCUCUUUGCCAACCUGAACCAGCUCGGCCAACCGGCAUCUGGCGAGAAGUCUCCCUUUUACGUGUCCUUCUUAGCUGGGUGUGUGGCCGGAAGUGCGGCUGCUGUGGCCGUCAACCCCUGUGAUGUGGUGAAGACACGCCUCCAGUCCCUUCAGCGUGGGGUUAACGAGGACACCUAUUCAGGGUUCCUGGACUGUGCCAGGAAGAUCCUGCGGCAUGAGGGCCCCUUGGCUUUCCUUAAGGGCGCCUACUGCCGUGCCCUGGUCAUUGCCCCACUGUUUGGUAUUGCCCAGGUGGUCUACUUCCUGGGCAUCGCUGAGUCCCUGCUGGGGCUGCUGCAGGGCCCCCAGGCCUGAAUGCUGCACUGCCCCAGGACUGAACGACGGAAGGCUUCCCAUCUGCGUUGCCAGGAGGGGGCUGAGGAAGAGCACAGGGUCCAUGCAAAUGGUGCAGCAGUAGGUCCCCUCGGGGCUCUGCCUGCAGGACCGUGGGAUCAAUGUCUUAUUUAUGUAGAAAAUGCAGAAACCUGUACAUUCCUGGAGCCGACCCUGCCCAGCCUGGCCUGAUCACCCCCAGGGCAGAGCUGGUCUCUAGGCUGGGGGCCCCUGCCUGGCAUGGACAACUGGACCCUACCCCCAGCCCACCCGGCUCUGGUUCCCAGGCUUGGCCCCUGGUCCAUGAGGGGCCCUGCACAAACCUAUUUAUUGAACCUGCCGAGCCCGAGUGGCACUGUCCACUUCUCCGUCCAUUGGCCUGCCCUCCCCCUGUUGCUCUUCCCUUGGCCAGGACUCCAUCCCACUCCUAGCCUUGCGGGAGGGUUGGGGUCCCUUGCUCCCAGUGUUGAGCCAGAAAUCCGGGGGGGUGAGGGUCACACUGAAUUUCUCAUUCCCAGGGCAGGCCCCCCUUCCUGUUCACUGUGGGACCCAGCACCCUCAUAGUGGGUCCAUCUCCCUCCACCCCCAGCCAAGGGCCUUGAGCAUGUAAUGUUUGUGUGUACGUGUGUGCAUGCAUGCGGACUGUGGGGUCAAGUCACACCAUCCAGCCGUCAGCCUGGCCCCUCAGGGUGGCAGUCAGCGUGCGUGCGUGCGUGCGUGCGUGCGUGCGUGCGUGUGUCUCCCAGGCUCUCUGCUGACUGUCCAGGGAUUUACUCCUCCAGUCCUAUCCCUCUUGUAGCACCUUGGACAUACCCCUCCUCUAAGACCCCCUGCUCUGAGUCUGGCCCUCCCGUGGGGGGAAGGGGCAGGCCUGAGGACCAGUAUGGAGCCUGGGGCUCUGGCUGUAAUUGCAGGGUUGGGGGGCCAGGAGCUGCUCCCUCAGCCCUCCCAGGACCAACCUACUCUCUGGGCCUCUCCACAGGCCCCUGACCACACUCCAGAAAGCUCUACCCCCAACCUUCUCCACCUGUGCGUGUUGUGAACUGAGGCAGGCUCCUGGCCCGCCCCAGCAAGUGAUCCCGUUGGUAAUUGAUCCUGUGUGGUGGUGCUGUGUUCCCCUGACCAGGGCCCCUUGUGGGUCCCUCCCCAGUGACACUACCUGGGGCUCAGGCCUGGGCCCCCCAGUUCACGGUUGUCCCUGGGAGCCACCCCUCCCAUCACCUGUACCUUGGAAGCUACUGCUGCUGCUUACAGAAUUCUAUUUUUUUUUUUUUCUUUUGGAGAGUUUUAAGAAGUAACUUUUUGUGUCCUGUCAUGUAAGAGGAUAAAUAAAUAUUCUAAGUAGAUAUUUCCUUCCCAGAACUCUUGUUUGGGGAUGAGGGUGGGAAGGGCGGCCCCC